GUCGAUAUCAUCAACUGAGGUAGCCAGCCUUUAAGCCCCAGUCCCAUAAAAGCACGGAUGGACACGGCAGUCCCGGAAAGUGUGGGAUCCCGCCGGAUCAAGAUCCGGGACGAUCAUUGCUCUUUUUUGGGUUUUUGAGCGUCGACGGUCGUCCAACGACCAUCACGCCGGUGGCAACACGGCAGCUACACGGAAGAACCCGUACAAACACGGACAAACACGGCAGCAACACGGACGAACCCGUACAAACACGGACAAACACGGCAGCAACACGCAAUCAACACGGCGCCCACACGGAUGACCAAGGACCGUCCCGGACAGUCACGGCAGAGCGACGGACUAACACGGACCAACACGGCAGAGACACGGACAGCCCCGAAUAAACACGGACCAACACGGCGUCUACACAGACCAUCCCGAACCUACACGGCAGCGACACGGACCAACACGGCAGCGACACGGACCAACACGGUCCACCCCGGACCGUUAAUAACUUGUAUGAAAGCAGGCUGAUUUUCGGUGAUUCCAUCAUUCUGCAAUCGGAUCUCGAACGUGUCACAUCGUAUUUCAGCAUAUUAUACAUUAGCGAAAACGUCAAAACGCCAGCCAAAAAGAAACCUACUGUCAGAGUGGGCCUUCCAGUUCCCAAAAGGUCGUCACGAGCAGCAUCCGCUACCGAAGAAGCAACAGAACAACAGCAACAACAAGAAAAAAGAUCGCGAUCAAGAUCCAGAUCAAGAUCGCCAUCACCUUCACAAGUACAAGCAUCAGCACCACCCACAGCUAUUGCCACUAAGAAAAAGAAGAAGUCCCUGAUCCUGUCAGACGAACAGGAGGUGGAGUUGGCCGAUUGGCUCAAGGAGAACCCUAUGCUGUACACGAAGAGCAUGAAGGAAUACAAAAACACGGCAAAGAAGAUAGACCUCUGGAAUUCAAAGGCAGCAGAGCUUGAUCUGGAGUCCGGGCCUAUGCUGAAGACCUGGUACGAGAGCGUCAGGACGAAGGUCGGGAAGAUGUCCGACAAGAAGAGCAGCUCGGCAACAAAAGACAUGAGUGACAGGGACACCUUCCUUAUGCAGAACUUUGCGUUCCUGGCGUCUCACAUAGCGAGAGUGAAGAGCAGACCAGCAUGCAGUUUGAAGCCUCGCCUGGACACGGCACUCCCCAUGGUUUCCUCAGACUCAGAGCAGGAGAUGGAGCAUAACACCCAGGAGGAACCAGAGGAGACCGGUGACCAGUCUCCAGCACCAGAACCACCCACGUCCAAGGGGAAGUCCUGCACUGUGAGGGGAAGAAGCAUUCCCACCAAAUCAUCAUCAUCACAGAAAAAGACCAGCACGCCUGUCCCAGCCCUGGACGACACCGCUGAGGUUGUGAACCUCAUCAGCUCGCUUCAAUCUCAGCAGGAACGCUCCGACGCUAUCCAGAGACAGAUAACAGGGCUUCUGUCGCGUGAACAGAGGUCGGCCACAGCUGCAUGGGGGACAUGGUUCGGGGCAAUGGCUGCAAACUUGGACCCGACACGUCUUCCGAGGUUUUAUCGUGCCAGCUUCGACAUGAUGUUCAGCUUUGCAGAGGAGUCCCUACAACUACAAAUACCUCGUGCUGGACAGCAAUUCGUUCCCAUGAAUUUUGACGUGCAGCCCCGUCAACAGCCUCAGCAGCAGCAGCAGCACCAUGAUCAGACUACGUUAACAACAUUUAUUGACUCCCGUUCAGCAGCAACAACAGCAGCAGUAUCAGCAGCAGCAACAGACUUUCUUCGGUGGUGCCCGCACCACUCCUACGUGGGACACCAUGGGACCAACAGCAGGACAGAACGUCGCGUCCACGUCGACGUCGCAACCACCUCGCCCAGCCAGUACUCCAACCAGCUUGAACUCCAGCUUUCAACUGCCAAGUAUUCCAGACUUCUCCAAUUUAAACACAACGCCGUCUCCUGCGGGUCGACAACCAGAUGGCACCUUCAACUGAACAUUUGUGAAUAUGAACUUUGAAAUGUGAUUUUUUAUUAUUUUUUGAACUGUGAACUUUAACUGCAUUAUGGACUA